AUGUCGGCAACAACGAAUGGCCUACCGCCUUAUAUCAAGGUUUUCGGACCUGGUUCCAACUGCACACUUGAUAUAUGUCCGGUAGAGAUAAGUGUGUAUGGCUACCGACCGAGCUUAGCCGCCAAUGGCACCUUUCUAGGUCUCUACGUUAUAUCAGCCAUCGUACACGGUUAUUUGGGUAUGAGAUGGAAGACUCAAGUUUUCAUGUAUUCCAUGCUCAUAGGCGCCGCGAAUGCUGUCCUGGGCUACGCCGGCCGAAUUGCCAUGUACUACAAUCCCUUCAAUUUCGCGGCCUUUAUGAUCCAAAUCAUAUGCGUAACGAGUGGCCCGGUAUAUUACUCCGCUGCCAUCUAUGUCACACUCGCCUCGUCAAUAAAGUACUUUGCGCCAUCGCUCUCACGAUUUCCACCAAACCUCUUCUACUGGAUAUUCAUCCCUACCGACCUGGUGUGUUUGGUCCUCCAAGCAGCAGGUGGUGCACUAUCGACCGCAUCGGCUGGCACGAGUGACACGGGAGUCUAUAUGGCGCUUGUCGGCCUCAGUCUGCAAGUUUUCGCCAUGGUAGCGUUCUGCGGACUGUUUGCCGAUUAUUUGAUCCGAUAUUACCGUUCCGAUAUCUACCGUUCUGGCGAAGGCAUCAAGCUAGGACGACGUCCGAAACUGUUCUUCGCGUUUCUUGCGCUAGCUAUACUGCUCAUUCUGGCUCGCUGCUCAUAUCGACUAGCAGAGCUGCGUGAUGGGUAUAGUGGCGAUCUUAUACGCGAUGAACCGAUGUUUAUCGGAUUGGAAGGAAUUAUGGUGAUUGCAGCAGUCUUUUGCUUGACAAUUGGGCAUCCUGGAUUUGUGUUCAAAGACAGUGAAAAGGUCCUGGUCGGCCAUCAAGUUGACUCGGACAGCCGUGACAAGGUCUAG